CCGAGAGUAGAUCACAGCUGAAGGGAAUGCAGAGAAGGAGAGGAAAGAGAGAGAAAGUGAGAGAAGAGGGGAGAGAGAGCUUUUACGACCUGUUAGUCACAGUUCUCCAGAGAAUAGUUGAAGUCGUAGAAAGGCAGAUACUGAGAAUCUAGAGACCUGGAACCUUCAUCUACAGGCAUCUAUUUAGGGCAGCUCCAACUUUCUAUGAAACGGGGAGAAAAGCUGGAGCAAAACAGACUGGAUUAAGAAAAUACAAUUUAUGCUAAAACAGAACUACAAAUCUGAGAGACAAAGAGAAUGAAAGAGAGGGAGAGAGAAAGAAAAAAUGAGAGUUUUUAUUCUCUUUUGCCACACAAGCACAUUCACAAAGAGUGAAGAGAAACAACAUCUCCAAUGGUCACAAUUCACAGGGACUAAGGAUUGAAGAGGGAAACCGAUGCUAUGACAACCAACUUCCCUGCCAACGUCACAUUCUUUCCCUUUCCCAAGUCCUCCCACUCACUCAUCGCCACGGAGACUACCUUCAAGAACCUCUUGACCGCCACAACCCCUGACCCCAGGGAACACUGUCAACUUGACGGCAGCUCCCUCCAGAUCCCUCUAGCAGUCCUCUACUCUGUCAUAUUCGUCUUGGGCCUGGCCGGCAACGUACUGGCUCUCUGGGUCUUUCUAUACGUCCACUCCAAGAAGAACUCUGUCCGAGUGUUCCUCAUCAACAUAGCGUUAGCCGACUUGCUACUGGUCAUCUGUCUCCCAUUCAGAGUCCUCUACCACAGUAAAGGGAACCACUGGGACAUGGGCCCCAUCCUCUGUAAGGUCGUGGGAAACCUCUUUUAUAUGAACAUGUAUAUCAGUAUCACCUUAUUAGGGUUGAUCAGUGUGGAUCGCUAUCUGAAGAUCCAGCGUAGCGCAGGGGGGCAGUAUCGCCUCCAGGCCACCAGAUGGAGCUCCACCGUCUGUGGGACCAUCUGGAUCCUGGCCCUCGCCUCCGUCAUGCCCAUGAUCCUCCUCUCUGAGGGCAACGAGGAGUCGAACAAGUGUUUCCAGUAUAAACUGCGAAAGAAUGCGCAGGGAAAGGCCUAUUUCAACCUCUUCCUGGUUGCUGUGUUCUGGUUUGUGUUUGUCUGCCUUGUGGUGUCUUAUGGGAAAAUUGCACUCAAGCUGCUGAGGGCGUCGAGAGAUAAACCGGACCUCCCCAACGCGACCCGCUACAACCGUACUGCCAGGAAGUCCUUCUUCGUCCUCUUUCUGUUUACCAUCUGCUUCGUCCCCUAUCACAUGGUCCGGGUGUUCUACGUCGUCUCCCAGAUCAGCGAAACUUCCUGCUUCUGGAGGGGUGUGGUAGACCAAGCCAACGAAGUGGUGUUGCUACUCUCUGCCCUCAACAGUUGCCUAGACCCCGUGAUGUACUUCCUGUUGUCGGAGUCCGUGAGGAAAGAGACACUCCGAUUGGUCAAUAACAUGUUCCGACGGAGUGACUCGGGUGGCAGUGGGAGUGGCUCCAGUGUGGAUUGUGGGAGAAGCCUUGAGGAGCAGCCAACCGCUAGUUUCAUCAGUAAUCUGAGGAGAAAAAUAACUGUCCAGCCCUCCCUCCUUCAGAUAUAAAUAAGAUGAAGUUGUCACUAGACACUGAUCCGAGGUCAGUUUUGGACUUUGUUGGGCCACAAAAUAGCAGCAAAGUCCAUCCUCCUUCAGGUAUCAGAACCAGCAAGCAUAAGCCAUUUUGUGCCAAGAACAACUUGAAGAGGGACAGACUGGGAGAGCAUGAACACGACUCCAUGGAAUUGGGGCAUUAACUAUUAAGAGUUUUAUAUCAUAAAGGAAGCAUUAGCAUCCAGUCAGAUGACAGUUUUUGCAGGGGAUAUGUCAUGUUAAUUAAAGGACUGCACAGACAUUGAGAGGACCAUACAGACACCACAGUGAUAUUACUGAGAGCAUAAUGGGACUUAUAUAAAUGAGGAAAUUGAAUCACUUGGUCAUGACAUGCUGGUGGAAAACAACAAAGACAAUACACAAUCUCACUUAUAAAAGCCAUGAAGGCAUGCUAUGCUAAAAUAAAACUGUGAUGACAAAACAUAAAAUAUUACUAUUCAUUGUGAAUAGGCUACUGGAUGGUUGUUGAGUGGUUUUGUAACAGCUUUUUGCCUGUUUCAAUGUUUCAUAUAUUGCCUGUAACAGAGACAUUAGAAACUAUAUUGAAUAAUUAACAUGAAAAAAUGAAUAAAUUGAACAAUGUAAUGAAAAUGGCAUUGUUGUUAUACUACUGGUAUACUGUACAUAUUGCAACAUUGGGCCUUGGUUGGCCCUCAGUAAAAACCAAAGCAUCGAUUUGUCAUAUACUCAUAUGAAUGGAUUUAUAAAGACUUGU